GAGAGGCCGCGGCGGGCUUUCCGCGCGCCGCCCGCCAUGGCGAGCUCCGCCGGCAACCUGAGCGCCGUGAGGGAGACGAUGGACGCGCUGCUGGAGAUCUCGCGCCUGCUGAACACCGGCCUGGACGCGGAGACGCUCUCCAUCUGCGUGCGGCUGUGCGAGCAGGGCAUCAACCCCGAGGCCCUGGCCCUCGUCAUCCGGGAGCUGCGCAAGGCCGCGGAGGCGCUGAAGGCCUCUGACAAUAUGACGGGUUAACUCAAGGAGAAGAUCUUUUCACUGAUACGAGCCUUCUGGGAAAUAGAAGAUUUUUGUUUGAGAUGUUGGUUAUUGGUUGUCUAAGUUUCACACAGGUGUAGAAAUACAGUCCUUUUUUUAAUGCUUGUUAACCAAUAAUCCUUCAAAAUGCAUUUUUAUCUUUAUUGUAUAUGACUUAAAAGUCUUGAAAUUAUGUAUUUAACAAACCUGGAAAUUCGUUUUAUUGUCAGAUUUGAAAGACGUGCUUCAUAUUUGAUAAAAUGUUGACUGCAUAGUUCAGAUGUAGCCAAUGGACUUAACAUUAGAAAACAGCCUUUUGUGUGAAGGAGUUCACUGCAGUGGAUUAACUUUUGAAGGUUCAUUUCCUGUACAUUUCCAAUUUGAUGGCUGUUUUACUGAAUUUAAAAAUUAAUUUGCUAUACUGUGAAAAAAGCUGCUGGUUAUGAAAAAUAUAUUUCAGUUUCAAAUUUUUUCCAAUUGCACCAUCAUCAUGUUUAGCCUCUGGGUUGAAAAGGAGGUUUCCCACAUUGCAGUUCUGAGAAUCGAGCUGGAAUGAAGCCAUGCCUUUUGGGCUAAACAAUAUUGUCCCUCUUCCAAAAACAUUAUUAGCAACUGAAACUUCCUAAGUAUGGAUCCAGCUUUGUGACACUGAUCCUUGUGUCAGCUGUCCAAAUUGCUGUUGCACACUAUGGAAACAGUGAGAGCAUGUUAGAAUACGUCCGCUGCAAAAGUUACCUCCCUUCAAAAGAUCAAGAUACUUUUUUUAAUGGAUAGGAUUGGCUUGAUUCCUCAGUUUCACAGAGAAGUGUGCAUCUAGUGAAAAUGGAAAGAUUGCACGUAAAUCAGGUGUAGAAAAAAAUGUACAUUAUGAAAAUAUAAUCUUAUUAACCUUUUAAUGCGUUCAUGAAAAAAAUGUUUCCUCUAAGGACUGCCUGAACGU